AAACGAUUGGUUACAGCAAAAAAUCAAGAAUGUCAACUAAAUUAUCAUAAUCAUAAAAUUUAUAAUCAUAUUGUCCAAUAUCCAUUCAAAGUGAAAUCCUGUUAUAUUCAUACCGAUCUGAUUAUACUUGUUCAUUCAUCAUUAGAUCAUUUUAAUCAUCGACAAACGAUAAGAAAAUUUUUACAAACAAAUAAAAAUUGGUCAAUUGUAUUCAUAUUGGGUCAACCAUCAAUAAACAAUAAAACAUUGGAAAACAAAAUAAAUUAUGAAUCCAAUUUGAAUGGUGAUAUUCUUCGUAUGGAAUUUGUUGAUUCAUAUCGAAAUCUUACAUUAAAACAUUUGUCCGGACUUUGGUGGCUGAUUAAACAUUGUCAUCAUGAUAAUAUUCUUAAUGAUGAAACGAUUUGGAUAUUAAAAAUGGAUGAUGAUAUUUUUAUUGAUGAAAUUUUAUUGAAAAAAUUUCUAAAACAUUUAUCACAAUUAAAUGAAAGUGAAAAUCAAAUUUAUUGUUAUCGAAUGGAUAAUACUAGUCCAUUACGUGAUCAAAAAUCUAAAUGGUACGUAUCGAAUACUGAAUAUUCUUACAAUCUAUAUCCAUCAUAUUGUUCCGGAUGGGCAUAUCUUACAACAAUCGAUACAAUCAAAAAAUUAUUAUGUCCAUUAAAUCAUAUGGAUUUAUUUUGGAUCGACGAUGUUUUUGUCACAGGAAUUCUUCGACAACAUACUAAUAUUAAUCUAGUUGCCAUUAAUCAUUUAUUCAAUCUGAACAUACAAAUAUUAUAUAGAUGGCUCGAAUAUCAUGGCCAAACAAAAUGGUUUUAUCUAUUUAGCCAGACUAAUAAUGAUUGGUAUGCGAUGCAAAAAGCUUAUAGACAAAGAAAAUUUUUGUUAUAA